AUGCAAUACCAGCAGGCUCGAAACGUCAGAUUACCGACUUACCUCUCGCCAAACGAGGUCAUCAUACACAGAGGUCAAACUCAGCACAUCCGGUGCCCCAGCUACAUAAAGGGUGAACGGGUGAGCAUGGUGUUUUGGUUCAAAGGAGAACAACUCCUUGCCCGCUACACCCAUCCCAACGUUGGCAGUAGUUAUGCAUCAAGUGAUCGUUAUCGGAUGUCCCACUCGCAUGAUUUGAUCAUAAGUCACGUCGACAUGAGGGAUCAUGGGAAGUACAUUUGCAGUGUUGUCCCCAUCGCUACCACCUUACAGAGGAGGCAGCCGAUUUCCGUCACUGUUCUAACUGAUGUCCCAAGCUUUAAAGAGGCCAUGUACCGUAAAGCAGGCGAUGCCUGCGUACAACGGAAUCAGAAUCAUCACAUUCAGUGUCCAAGCUACAGGGAAGGGGAGUCCGUGAGUUUAGUCUUCUGGUUCAAAGGAGGACAACUUAUAGCCCGCUUCGCCAACCCAGCAUUUGGCACUAACUUUAUUUCGAGUCGUCAUUACUGGAUGUCCAGUUCGCACGGUUUGGUCAUAAACCAUGUUCAAGCUACUGAUUGUGGAGAGUACGUGUGCGGUCUGGUGCCGAGGGCAACAGGGGUACAAAGGAAAGGAUCAGUGCGAGUUACUGUAUUAGAUCCCGAAUUUCCAAUCGUGGGCGAUUCAGAAGUUGUAAACAAAACUAGUCUCAUUCUCGAAAGAGGGCAAGGACACGUGAAGUUGACCUGUCCCGCAUUGCGCAUGGACCAACAGGCUGCCACUGUCUACUGGUCCCUUGGCAACGAAGAGACCAUGGAUACCAGCAUCAUCGGUGUGCAGUUCUCCGAUGGGGAAGCAAUGGUAUCGGAUGACUACCGUGGCGAUUACAACAUCACAGAUGGUGGCUCGUUGGUUUUGAACACAUUAGACAUGCCAACUAGUCGUUUCUGGUGCCAUGUUUUUACGGAUCAGCCGGGUCUGUUUUGUGCAUAUUAUGACAUCACCAAGACAGAUCCUGGUUCAACAACGGAGAGUGCGACCAGUGGGAAGGUUGGCCGUAGUGACGAAAUAAAUCCCCAGGAAAGUGAUAUCUUCCAAGGAUGA